AUGCCCGUGCAAACGAGUCCACCGUCCUUCCCGGACUCAUUUCCAUCAUUCAUGUCCGUCUUUGGCGGUCCUCUACCGCGAUACAAAGACGAGGAAAACACCAUUCAUCCUCUACAAUACCCAACCCAUGUCCCUGUUAACACGCGCCUCCUCCCUUCCCCACAUCGCGAAAGCGUCUCGUCCAUGACGUCUGCCUCAACCGAGUCCUCCCCGACCACGACCAUCUCACCCUUUGACUCGCCCGGUGGGGAAUCCCCAUCGGCCAUGUCGGUCUCGUAUCCGAAAUACAUGCCGGCCACCCGGCCCAUGGAGAUUCCUCCCCGAUCAACUGCGCCAGAGCCCCUGUCGCGACCAACCCCUCCGCGUCCAGACUCUCCUGGUCGGCGGGCGCGCAACCUGAAGAAUCUCUCAUUGCGGAUGCCGCCUCCGUCUAUAUCUCGUCCCCCCAUUGCUACUGCCUCGCUUGUGGAAACCUCAUCAAACAAUCUGGCCCCACCAUCACCCCUCCAGAUUCCUCAGAAGAGUUCGAGGCGCCGUCCCGCGAACCUGACCAUCCGUACACCUACAUUUGAUAAGACCUUUUCGAGUGAGGAAGUACCUCCGACCCCGUCCUUGCGACAUGCAGAAUCCUCCCCCUCUCUCGCAGCUAUCACAUCCCCAUCAUUCGCCCCAAAGGGGGGUAUGCAACUCCCACGACCAAUGUCGCAUCAUGGUGUACGUAGCUUCUCCACGGCGAAUGAGGAAAGUGGAAUGGAUGGAUCCGGCUUCUCUCGCCGUGUGCUUCCCGGGUUAGAAGAGGAGGACGACCACCUGGACUCUCGCGAGUCGACACGCAAAAAGGACCGUGGAUACCCCGAUGGACCGAUCCGGAUCUAUGAUACCGGCGUUUACCUGUACCUGGAGCCAACAGCUGAGGAAGCAUCCCAGUUCGAUGUGGUUAUCAACGUCGCCAAGGAAGUCAACAACCCCUUCAGUACCGCCAAGGAGGAGCGAAAUGACACAGUGAUGAGCACCUGGCGCAACGCCUCCAUGGCCUCGAAGCGCUUCUCUGGUGAGCCUCAAACUGCGGUCUCUGAGAUCUCCUUCAAGUCUGCCUUUGAAUUCCAGCCUUCAGACUCUGAAUCCGUCACCCCCAUUACAUCAACUCCUACGCAACAACCCGAAUAUCUCCAUGUCAGCUGGGACCACAACUCCGAAAUCCUCGAUGACCUGCUCCCUCUUUGUGAGCUCAUUGAUGACCGUAUCGCUGGUGGAAAGAAGGUCCUCAUUCACUGUCAGCUCGGUGCCAGUCGUUCCGCCUCUCUGGUGAUUGCUUAUGGUUUGUACAAGAACCGACACAUGGAUUUCAACUCCAUGUACGAAGUGGUCAAGGGCCGGAGUCAGUGGUGGUUUGUUCAAACUGGCCGACGAAGCUCGGAGCCUCAGGUUGCCCGAGCCGAACGCCCUGUGACCAACGACAACCGACCGGCUUUCCGUGGACUAUCCCAGGCACCAUCAAUGAGCUGCCUUUCCAUCCCAGAAACCCCCUCGAUGCGUCCUACCACCAGCGACAGCAGCUACACCAAGUUCAAGUCUUACUCGCCUAAAAGGAGUUUGUCCCCUCGACCUCUUCCAUUCCGACAGAAGUUCCAAUCUGUGGAACCUGCAUCAGGUCGGCCGCGAGGACUCCCACGCAGCGUCAGCAGCUGCGACCCUCUUGUUCAAACGCACGUAUUUGUGCGCGACAUGCCCGACCGAAGUGGUGGUCUAUUCUCACCUCGAACAAACGAGUUCCUAUCCCCACAGCCAAUGGCACCACCAUCCUUCCACAGAAUCGAUCGGUCGGCAGCCCUCUCACCCCCUCCCAUGCCCAGCGCGGUUCAAUUCGCCGCCGAAACGGCCGAUCCCCGCUCGCCUCCAACUGCCGGCGAGCCCCUGAUCAUGAGAUCGAUUGACGAAUUCCUCUGA